GCCGCCGCCGAGCCCGAGCCCGGCCCGGUGCCCCCCGAUGCGCGCCGGAGCCCGCGGGCGGCGCUGAGCAGGGCGGCCCCGGCGGCCGGGCCCCCUCCCCGUCCGGGCCGCGCGCCGCGGGCCACCAUGUCCUUCCCGCAGCUCGGAUACCAGUACAUCCGCCCCCUCUACCCGCCCGAGCGCCCGGGGGCCGCCGGCGGCGGCGGGGGAGGCGGCGGCAGCAGCGCGGGGGCCCGCGGCGGCCCGGCGGCCGGCGCCGCGGAGCUGGGCGCCCCGGGGUCCCUGGCCAGCGUGCUCUCCUCCGUGUACGGGGCGCCCUACGCCGCCGCCGCUGCAGCCGCCGCCCAGGGCUACGGCGCGUUCCUGCCCUACGCCGCCGAGCUGCCCCUCUUCCCGCAGCUGGGCGCACAGUAUGAGCUGAAGGACAGCCCCGGGGUGCAGACAGCCGCGUUCUCGCAAACGCACCCCGCCUUCUACCCCUACGGCCAGUACCACCCCCAGUUCGGGGACCCGUCCCGCCCCAAGAACGCCACCCGCGAGAGCACGAGCACGCUCAAGGCCUGGCUGCACGAGCACCGCAAGAACCCCUACCCCACCAAGGGCGAGAAGAUCAUGCUGGCCAUCGUCACCAAGAUGACGCUCACCCAGGUGUCCACCUGGUUCGCCAACGCGCGCCGGCGCCUCAAGAAGGAGAACAAGAUGACCUGGGCGCCCCGCAGCCGCGCCGACGGGGAGGAGGAGGAGGAGGGCACCGCCUGCGGCAGCGAGCGCGAGGAGGACGAGGAGGAGGAGGACGAGGAGGAAGAGGGCAAACACCACCGCGAGCUGGAGGAGGACGAGGAGGAGGAGGAGCUCGGCGGCGAGGAGGACGAGGAGAUCGAUUUGGAGAACGUGGACGGCGCGGCCGCGGGGCCUGAGCUGGGCCUGGCGGGGGCCGCUGCGCGCAGGGACGGCGACGCCCUGGGCCUGGGGCCCGGUUCGGACUCCAAGAACAGCGACUCGGACGACAGCUCCGAGGGCCCGGAGGAGCGCCCGCUGCGGGCCCUGCGUCUGGCCCCGGUGGCUCCACCGCCGUCCCCGCCCUCGCCCCCCGCGGGCCUGGACCCCUGCGCCCCUGCGCCCGCCUCCGCCUCCAGCCUGCAGAAGCCCAAGAUCUGGUCCCUGGCCGAGACGGCCACGAGCCCGGACACCCCGCGCCGCUCGCCGCCUCCGGGCGCGGGAGGCUCUCCCCCCGGAGCCGCCGUGGCGCCCGCCGCCCUGCAGCUCUCCCCGGCCGCCGCCGCCGUGGCGCACAGACUGGUGUCGGCGGCGCCGCUGGGCAAGUUCCCCGCCUGGACCCACCGGCCGUUCCCGGGCGCGCCGCCCGCCGCCCGCCCGCACCCGCUCUCCCUGCUCGGCUCGGCCCCGCCGCACCUGCUGGGGCUGCCCGGGGCCGCGGGCCACCCGGCCGCCGCCGCAGCCUUCGCCCGGCCCGCGGAGCCCGAGGGCGGAGCCGAUCGCUGUAGUGCCUUGGAAGUGGAGAAAAAGUUACUCAAGACAGCUUUCCAGCCCGUGCCCAGGCGGCCCCAGAACCACCUGGAUGCUGCACUGGUCUUGUCGGCCCUCUCCUCCUCUUAGUUCUUCUGAUUUUCAUUUUUUAAUCGUUGUAAUAAUUGUAAAAAAAAAAAAAAAGUAAUCGCUCUGUAUAGUUAUGACUCGUGAGCAUGUCUGUGUAUGAAUACCUUUAAAAAAAGAAAACAGAACAAACAAAAAGAAAUAAAAAUAAGUACAAAAGUCACUUCUGUCCCCCCCACGUUAGCCGGAGGAAUUUGGGAACCGGGUUUGCGAGGUGGACCGAGGGGAGUGGUGCUUCGGUGAGAAUCGGCGUGUCUGGCUUGUUUGUAUAUAGACUGGAGGAAUGUACAUAUGUGUGAACCAAAUUGUACGAGAGAAAGUUAUCUAUUUUUGGCUAAAUAAAUGAGCAGUUGCCACUUUGACUAUAA